UUUGUGCGGGAUCAGUCAGCUGGGACUCGGCAGGUGUGUGACAACAUGUUUUCCUGGGGGGAGGACAGUCAGAGGGGCUUCAGGUUAAAAGAUGACUCAGACACGGUCCCCCCUACAGCAGAGGGGCUCCAUCAUCUCCAGCUCGGGUAUCACAUCACGGCUCUGUCUGCGGGGCGCACUGUGCUCGCUUUCCUCAAAAGUAAUGGCAACGCGUUCAUCAUCCCCAUCAGAGAGAGCCCAGCUGGGAGCAGAGUGAGAGGAAAACAGGAGUUUGUGAAGUUUAAAGACAAGAUAAAGGCUGUGAGUUGUGGAGAUGAUACGGUCACACUGCUGUCCAAGAGUGGACGAGUUCUCUGUCUGGACAGAAAGCUCGUUCCAAGGCCUAUGAAGAUUUUGUGUGCAGUUUCUCAGGUCGCCUGUGGGAGCCAUCAUUCAGUCGCCCUGACCAAAGAUGGUCAGGUGUAUACAUGGGGCCAAGGCUCCGGGGGCCAGCUGGGUCUGGGGGAGAGGCAGCCCAGCGCCACAUCCCCCCAACACCUGACCUCUCUGUCAGCGGUCCCCCUGGUGCAGGUCGCUGCAGGGGGGGGGCAGAGCUUUGCCCUCUCUGUCUCUGGAGUGGUGUUCAGCUGGGGCAGCAACCGCUGUGGGCAGCUCGGCCUGGGAGACACUACAGACAGACAUACACCCACUCCUGUUCAUUGUCUGAACUUGAAGAAAACUACCUACAUUUCCUGUGGAAUGGACCACACGGCCACUUUGACAAAGGACGGUGCAGUGUUUACGUUUGGCUCUGGUGAACACGGACAGCUCGGACACAACUCAUUCAGAGAUGAACUACGACCUCGGCUUGUUGCAGAGCUCUGGGGGGCAAAGGUCACCAAGAUCGCCUGUGGAAGACAUCACACAUUGGUGUUGACGGACUCCAAGAGGGUCUACUCCUUUGGGUGUGGAGAGCAGGGGCAGCUGGGACACGGAGAGGAGAGUCAUCCGUCUGUGCCGCUACCUGUUCAACUGCCACAGGACACCAAUGAUGUAAUUAAAAACAUUUUCGCAGGGGGAAACUGUUCAUUUGCAGUUUACACGUCUAAUGAGGAUGUUCAGGAGGAGGCAAACACUGUCAGAGUCAACACUGUAACACACUGUCUUGAUCACAUGAUCGACAAAUGGACCGCUGAGUGUGAUUCAAAGUCUUGGAAACAGAUGAAACAGGAAAUUCACAGGAUGUUUUCCUCUGCUUCCUGUCUGAAUGCAUGCUUCCUUGAGAAAAGCCGAGAUGAACAUUUCCAGACUUCACCAAAGUACUGUGGCCUGAACCUGCCACUUGCACAACUUGCUUUCCAGAAACUGGUAAAGAAGGAUAAUGUGUUUGUCGGGGUUGAGGGUGCUCUCUUGAACUUACUCCCCUCCCUUGAUAAGCAGCCCGUGGGAGUGGAGGGUUUGAGGAUCUUCCUGAUUCUCAAUGAGCUCCUGCAUGUGAUCCAGACCCACAAACCUCCACAAAAGAGCAUAAAGCUCGCUAAGGCGAUCGCUGCUGCUGUACUGAACUUGUCUGCUGGCAGCCUCCAGGUCAUAGGGGACUGGUGGUCCUCACUGCCAUCCUCCACCAUGAGUAAACAUGUUGAGGUAUGGAAGCAGGCCCUCUCAGUGAUCCUAUCCGACGAACCUCUUCAUCGAAACUCAGAAGUCAGAAACCUGCUACUUGUCCUCCAGUAUAUGUACAACGCAAACCGCAGGACUGCAGAACCUCAACAGAUGCCAGAAAGCAAAUUCUGUUUGUUGAUGAACAAAGAAUUUCUUCUUCAGGAUCUUCAGCUUUGGCGUUCACGGUCACAAAGCAAGAAGAAUACUGAGCCACUUAUCCUUUGUAGCUUUCCGUCUGUGAUGGACCUGGAGUCGAAGAAAUAUGUUUUUGACCGGAAUGCUGAAUACACCAAGAAUGAAGCACAGCCACCCUUCUUCUGGGAAUUCUUUUGGGAAUUCGGACUCCCUAUGCCUCAAGGCGUGGUUUUUGAAGUCGACGUGAGGCGAGGAUCAGUUUUGAAAGACACCUUUGAACAUUUGGCUUCUAUAAAUCAGAGUGACUACAAGAUUCCACUUGCGGUUUACUAUGAUGGAAACUUGCCCCGCUGGGACGAUUUUUUUGGCUACGUGAAAGACUUUUUUUACGAAGUGUUUCACGAGAUGGUUUCAGCUGAAACCGGGAUGUUCAUGUACAAUGACUCCAAGACACUGGCAUGGUUCCCAUCCAAAGCAGCACCAGAGGACCAGCGGUACCUAUACUUUGGGAUUCUGUGUGGAUUGGCCUUGUACAACCAGUGUAUCAUUCACUUACCAUUCCCACUGGCUCUGUUCAAGAAGCUGCUGGGUGUGAAGCCUUCACUGGGGGAUAUGAUGGAAUUCAGCUCCUUUGUUGGAAAUGGUCUGAAGAACAUUCUGGAAGACUACACAGAUGAUGAAAUAGGAAUCCUCGACUUGGAUUUCUCAAUCUACUGGGAUGGAACAAACGUUGACCUUGAUCCUCAAAAUCCUGAGAAGCCUUUGACAGGUCAAAAUAGGAAGGAGUUUGUGGAAGCCUACGUGAGCCAUGCCUUCAACACAUCAGUGGAAGGUGUGUUUCAGGAGUUCAAGCGGGGCUUCUUCCAGGUGUGUGACCAGGAUUUGGUGAAGCUGUUCCGACCACGGGAGCUGCAGGAGGUGCUGGUGGGCAAAGACUUCAAUGACUGGGCCAGGCUGAAACAGGUCACAGUUUAUGAGGGGGAGUACAACACGACCCCUCUACACCCCACCAUACAGAUGUUUUGGGAGGUUUUUGAUGAUCUAACGGAGGAUCAGAAGAAAGCUUUCCUUUGGUUUGUAACCGGAUUUGAAAGGGUGCCUGUUCUUGACCUGGAGAAGUUCAAGAUGAAAAUCAAAGAUCAACAAGUCCAAGGCCCCCCUGACCAGUUCUACCCCAAAGCACAUACGUGCUCCUUGGACCUGGAGCUGCCCUUGUACUCAACCAAAGAGAUCAUGCAGACCAGGCUGACCGAGGCUCUGAGCAGCAACAAAAUCAUCUUUAAAGAUGCUGGGACUGAACUCGGAAGGUGUCUGGUCUGAACAGAAGACUUAACAUUGUCAUAGAGCACUUUGUAAACCAAGUAGCAGCCUUUGUAGUAUUGCUACUAUACCUGUUUAUUAACAAACUGUAUGGCUGGGAAAUUCUUGAUAAAUAGGAUGUAUUGUGUGGUGGGUUAAUAUCAGAAAUCCUUCCCUAAUAGCAAAAACGCUGUUAUACUCCAAAAAAAAUGUUGUAUGUAUAUAUGCAUAUUUCAGAAAAACGCCCUAUGUACAUAUUUAAGUAUUACAUGAUCUUCUAAGAUGAA